AUGGCUUCUGAACGGUUCCGCACCCGACCAGCGCUCUCGCUGCUUUGCAUUCCUGACGUCAUGGCUUGGAGUGUUUUGGUUUACAUCCAGGUGAACCAAACUUCCUGCUUUCCCGUUUCUGACUCUGCACAAAUAUUCAUGGCAUAGCACCCCAAAGAUAAAAACGCUACUUCAAACGACACUUUCUUGCCUUCGACAGCAGGAAAAUUCUCCUCUUCUCUGUAAAAAAGUUAUUCGUAUCUCAAGCUUGUCGUACCUACGUUCGGAGAAAAUUUCUUGAAAAAGAUUUGCUGUGUCCGAAAAAAAUAAACCUUUUUAGAUAAAUAAUUGAGGUCGUAUAAUUUUCUCGAGUCCAUUAAGAACUCAGAAAAAAACCGCAUUAAGUAAUUUCAAACAGAGUAAAAAAACUUCAGUUGGAUAGAACUUUUUCAUUUUUAUUUUGGCCACCGUACGAUCUAUCUUGUGGAAACUUGGAGCAAACAAUUGUUCGAAAAAUCUCCAACCUCAUUUUACAUACUUCUUUUUCUUAUUGUAUCUUGACAAUGUGGUUUUUAGAUUACCAGAAUAGCUUCGAGGCGUUCAUUUUUUCUGUUCUUCCAAAAUCAUCACCCGAGACAUUUGUUUUUGAGUCGGAAGAUUUUCUGUGGAAAACAACACUCGGAAAAAAAUUUAUUUGGAAAAAAAGAUAAUUUUUUACCUUGUUUACAGCAGCUCAACUUACAUUAUAGCUUCUACGUGAUUUUGAAUUUCUUCAAAUGUAUAUUGGAAUGAAGAUUUCGGAAUUAUUUUUGAUAUCGAAACGUUAUAUAGCAAAGGAUUUGAGCAUUAAAUCGAAGAAGGGCAAAUUUGAAACUUGAAGGGACCAAAGUUCCAAUUUUCGCGUGUUGCUAUCCGAUGAUUUGAACCUCCAACAACUGUAAAAGCGAUUUUAGAAAAAAACGUCUAGAAGAAACCUAGUUUUUAAAAAAGAGCUCUUUUUUAAUUUCAUCUCAAGACUAUGGAGAGAAAACCGUUCAGAUUUAUUGUAAAGAUUUUCAGGCAGCGUUGGGUGGCUCGCUGUGGUCGAGUCUGCCACCCGAAGGAACGCCGCCGUCGACGAUCAGCACGACGGUCGCGGCGGCGUCGGAUUCCCUCAACGACCGGGUCCAGCCUCUCCUCACCAUCACCGACAUCUUGCCUGUUCAGCUCUGUCUCGGACUCCACGAUGUUUUCAUCGCGCUUUUCUUGGUAGGUUUCUUAGCUUUUCCAGUUCCCUAACCAUCAAUACCACUUCUGAAGACUUUGAGUACAAGUGUUCGAAAAAUAUGGAAUAAUUUUUAACGUUUUUAGCGAAUAGUCAAGCUAACUGUGAAGAAGGAAAACUUGAAUAUGUUCAAGGAUUAUCUGCGUUAAAAAUGCCAUAAUGAGCCCCCUGCAAAUUUUUAUUCAUUGAGAUAAAAAUUUUCUCAAAUAGCGAGUUUUAAAAUACCUCACUUGAAAAUUAGGAAAGUGUUCGAGGAAAUUGAAAUGGUCCAAAUUUUAAUGGAAUCCUAAAUUCGAGUCAGAUCCGUUCCCGCAUGUUUUUAUCAUCGAUAGAGCAGUCAACCGUGAAUUAUUACGUAACCAAAUGUUUUUGGUGCAGUUAUGGUUUGCGUGCGACUUGGAGCAAAUUUCAUCGCAUCGUAUCGCAUUCAAUUUCCGCUUCGCAUUGGUUUUUCCCAAGCGUUUUGCUCUAAUCCUCUCGGAAAUUGUUGAUUCGAAUUUGUCUAUUGGCUUAAGAUUUACUGCAGUUUUGAUGUUGCGUCGAGUCAAACUGGAAGAAAUAAUUGUGGUGGGAAAAAAAUCAUCAAAAGGGGGAACUGCUCCCAAAUCUUUUUUUUCUUAUGAAAGUUUGUUUAAGGUGCUGAUGAUCCUUCUAACAAUUUUCGGCAACAUUCUCGUUGUCCUGUCGGUCUUCGUGUACAAGAGGAUGAGAACCUUCACAAAUAUUUUACUCACAUCUCUAGCAACUGCUGGUACGUUACAAUCUUUACAGCUGUCAAAAAAAAUUCUGGAAUUUUCUUGAAAAAAAGAUCGAUUUCUUUCGAUGCUUUAAAACUAUUCAAAAACGUCUGAAAAAAAUAACUUCAAGAAAACUUUAAGACACACUGAUUCUAAACGAGUUAAAAAAUGCGACGCUUACGUUAUAGUCUAAUUAUGGUACCUCAAAGUUCGCACUCGAGUAAUACAUUAUAAUAUUUUUAGAUUUUGAAUCUCAAGUAGAGAAUGAUCCUUUAAUAGCGCUGCAUUUUUGACUUGUUUUUCUAGCUGUUAGGUCAAGGAAGAAAAUCAAUCAUAUCUUAUUCAGAUCUUUUGGUCGGACUGGUAGUUAUGCCGAUGUCGCUACUCGACUUACUUCACAACCACCGAUGGCCACUUGGUUGAAAAAGAAUAGAAUACCUCAUCUUACAUUUCUUUUUGUAGGAAAAUUUCUUUGUCGAAUGUGGGCGACUUCAGAUGUUUUGCUGUGCACGGCAAGUAUCCUCAACUUGUGUGUCAUCAGCUUAGAUCGCUAUUUUGCCAUUACAUCGCCACUGAAGUAUCCAAGAACUAGGUUUGUGAAUUGCAAUUCCCCCUAUUCAAGAGAUAACACCUUUUAUUCGUUGAUUUUGACAAGUGGUCUUGAAGCUUAGAGCUCUUUAAAUGACCCAAAAAUGGCACAGCAUGACGUUUUUUGGGUAUGGGCGCCUCAAAAAUCAUUUUCUUGAAACUCGCAAAAAAAAAGUUUGAGAAAGCAGAAGUUCUACGUUUCUUUCUCUGAUAAUUCAAAGAUUCAGAAGUUGAAACUUUCAGGAUCUUCGCGUGGUUAAUCAAAAAGCUUUUCGGAAAAUUAAAAGAAGUCUCAAGUUCCUAAUGAUCUUUCUUGUAAGCUGAAAAAAGGUUCCAGAGAAAUUAAAGGAGUUUUCUCAAGAUGAGAUAUGUGUAGCUUCAUCCUUAGCUUUUUUUUUUGCCCGUCUUUUCUUGGAAAAAAGUCACGAAGAAGACCCUUUCAUGUUUCCCAUUGAGCUCCCUGUGGCGAAAACAAUUCCGUUUCGAGUUGGUUGAGCCGAAAGUUGCAAAAAUGGCGUCGGCGUUAAAAUUGAGUGGUUGGCGGUAGUACAUGCUGACUUCACGCUUGAUAGCACUCGUUGUCGGUGCGGCGUCGCCUGAAAAUGCUCCGAGAAAUCUGAGGAAUCUAAUCAAACCAAUUCUAAGUCAUUUGCAGUUGCGUGGAAAACUACAGGGUGCAAAAAUGAGAAAAAUGGAGGGAAAACGACAUAUUAGAAAAUGGUUUACUCUGAUAGAUAAUGAAACUGAAACAUAUUUUUUCCCGUUUUUCUCAGUUCCAUAACAUGAGGGGUUUAUUUGAUUAAUUUUUUUUUAAUUCUGAUCGUAAACCAUUUCGACUAUAUAUGAAUCGAAGCUUAGGUGCAAAAAGUUGUUGGAACCAAGCGAAAUUGUCUAUUGGACUUUAGGAGACUUCCUUAAAACUUAUCAAAUUUUGAGCUUUUAGUACUUCGCCGCUAAUCAGAAAAUUGAAAAAAAAAGAAACGCAUUAACCGUAAAAGGUAUGAAUAUUUCACUCUCUCUUCUGGUAAGAAUAAUUAAAAUUGGAAAAGUGAAAAAAAAAGUCUGUUCAUGUUAUGUAACACAAUAAGAAAAGUCCAUUAGCGCAACAAAGGCAAAGCAAAAAAGGCAAAGCAAAAAAGGCAAAAGAGCAACGCCGCGACGGAAAUCAGCCUUGAAUACGCAAAUCGAAGCAACGUAACACGAGAUCUAAACAAGAAGGGCUAGUUUCCCAUCGUUUCGAGUUGUUUUUCAAACUUAGAAAAGUUUGCUUUUAUGACUUGAAAACUUCAAAAACAUAAUAACAUUUCUUUCAGAUCAAGAAAAAUGGCAGCAGGUCUCUUAUCGUCCGUUUGGGUGCUAUCUUUCAUCGUUUGCAGCCCACCUUGGAUCGUUCCAAGCUGGGGACUUUUCACGGAUGCAUCGGUAUUUCAAUUUCAUUUUUGUUGAUCUGAAAAUUCCCAUUCAGGCAGCUAAUACUUCAUCGAGUGACUUCAAAUGCGGCUAUUCGCCUUCUGUUCAUUAUAGGAUUUACAGCGCUUUGGGAAGCUUUUACCUCCCUCUUUUUGUGAGUGGUUUUUUUCUAUUUUUCAAAACUUCGAAAAACGAUAGGCAAUCUAUGUAUAGGAGUAAGGAUAACAAAAUGAACUACUCGGGAUGAUUCGGAAUCUGGGCUUAGAGAAAUGAGAAAAAAAUACCUUUCAACACAGAAAGGACGGGUGUUAAAAUAGUUAAAAAAAUAUUUUUUUCAGGUGAAAAAAACUUUUUUUGGAAAAAAAUGAAUGAUUUUUUUGAUCACAAAAAAAGCGUUACCCAAAAAUAUUAAAAUGAGGUCUGUUUGAAAAAAAUUUUUUUUCAUUUUAAACGGUCUUGAUUUUUUCAACUUCGAGAAGGUUUAGAGUGAAUUCAGAACACUAGUCUCAUUCAGAAAUCUUCAUUCCAAUUAAGAGUUAAUUUUAAUCCGAGAAAAAAAUAAUUAAGUAGAAAGAUUUUUAAUCUGUGUAGUUCACGAAUAUUUUUUCAAGACGAUAGUUCAGCUUAAUAAGUCAGACUUCUUACAGGUCAUGCUCUUCGUGUACUUCAAAAUAUUUCGAGUUGCAUCUGAACGAGAAGCUCUCAUGCGACAGUCGGUUGGCACCUGUAGAUUAAGUAAUCGGUUGGUCAAAACUCAACAUCGCAAUCACAACCGGAAUAAUAUGAGGUUUUUGAGUUCGAAAUACGAAAAUAUUGAUCUAAUUUAGAACUGCAAGCGCUCCCCAUUCAAGAACACGGGUACAAGUCAGCAACUCAGGACGAGUAAAUUAUUCGAUCCGUCCUAUAGAAUAUAAUCAGUAUGUUCACUUUUUUUCUUCACUUAAAAGUCUAUUAAACUGCAAGGAGAGGCACAAAAUUUUUUUUUCCACAGCCUUGAUACCGUUCAAAUUUGUUGAACUUUACUAGAUGGUUAUUUUUGAGCCAUGUGAAAUCCAUCUUGAUUUAUCUUAGUUUUUCUCCUCACAACUUUUUAAUUUCAGUAGGAACGAAACUAGUAGACCUACGGAAAGUCGCUUUGACUCUACAGACUGCGAUGACUCACCUCCUAAUGGCGAUAGCAUGGAGGUUCAUUAUUAUCAAAUAUAUGAAUCCCCGCGAACUUUUCCUUCAGAUGUCCGCGUCUUUAUUGAAUAAUAACGUUUCUCCGAAUGGUUCGCAAAAAGAAGGCAAGAAUUCGAUGGAGCGCGAAUGUCAUUCACUAGCGGAUAUCGCCAAUAGCGCAGUCAGUUUCUUUUUCUGAUUGCCACCCUCUAACAAACUUAAUUCAGAUCUCGCAAGGUCCACCUGUUCGGAAAACUACCGAAGUUGGAAUUGUUCCAUCCAUGUCCAAAAGAGCAUCGAAAGCUCAUUCGAGACUGCAGCCGAGCAACCUUUUGCAAAAAGUUUCAUUUUUCUACAAUCCUUUUCUAUAUUGAGUGAUAUUUAAGGCCCACGAGCAUUAUCAAACAAAUGGGCCUGGAAAAGCUGUUCGCGGGUCCAAAGAGAAAAUGGUGUAUUUACGAGAGCGAAAAGCUCUUAAAACUAUAGGAAUCGUCGUUCUGGGUAAUAUUAUAUUUGCAAAUUGAAAUCAAAAGAAAAAAUUUUCAAGGCUUCAUCGUCUGUUGGAUGCCGUUUUUCAUCAUGUAUUUGGUUGAAGUUUUUGUCGCCGAGGCCAUUGCGAGCUCUUCGUUAUAUCAAAUAUUUUCUGAAUUCUUCCUCUGGCUUGGCUAUUCCAACUCGGUGAGUCUUUUUGCCAGAUCGUCUGGAACUCAUUUCUACCUCACGACGAUCUCUUCUGAAAUUCCAAUACUCUUUUUCUAUCUAGACAUCUGUGAAAUCAAAGCUUAUUUCUAAUGACGGUUUUCAACCAGUUUUUAAAGGCUUUUUGAGCCAAAGAAUUUUUCCAAUUUUUUAAAGUUGAGGCGCGCCAAUCUCGCUUUUAUGGCAAGUUCCACUGUACUUUCAUAAAUAUUCAACCAUGGCCAGAUCGCUUAGGUCACGUGAAAUAAAGCUAAAAUGACUAGGUUUCGAGUGGAAUAGGUAAAGAUUUUCUGACGCGUAAAUUUUUUUCAUUUUUUAGGGAGCUUUUAAUGACGAGAGAGGUACAAAUAAAUGCUAAUUCAUUAGUAAUAAUUACCAUGAAUCUUAAAAUCAACAUUUUUUUCUUUCUUUAGACUGGUAGAGUUAUGAAAAGUAUGAAAAUCAUACAACUGCAAACUUUCCGUUAUUCUGAAUUUUUGAAUGUUGACUAGUUUUGAUGAUUUCGCCUUUUAAGGUGCUCAACCCAAUAAUUUAUACAAUGUACAAUGGCGACUUCCGGCGAUGUUUCCGAGAUCUGCUCUCCUUCGGAUGCGUUCAACAUCAUCGUCGGACCAUGAGCGUCAAGAAACUUCACCAGCAAAGCACGAUUUUCUAG